CCUUUUUUCCCUUACAUUAUGAACAGGUUUCCUGAAAAUGUUAUAGUAGUACCUCUUGAAAACAAGGUACUUUUACCCUCUGUUAUUCUACGCUUGAUGAUUCGGGGAAAGCAAGCUAAUGAUCUAACUAGAAGCUAUUUUAGACAAGCUUCAUCUACGACAACAAAUAAGGUGGAUGUUUAUGUUGCAUGUAUUCCUCUACAACCUAACUUUAAUACCAAAAAUCAAACGGAAACCGCGUUAGUGGAAGGUGAUCAUGCUGUCUCACAGGCCCCUCAAGUUCCUUUACCAUCUCAUCAGGUUGAAAAUCAGACACUCAAUGAUGACGGGCUUACUUCGGAAGUCAAUCGUCAUCAACUAUUGGAAUACGGCUGUUUGGCGCGUAUUAUUCGUGUUCAGAGAUCGGGAGCCAAUCUCUUUGGUGUAUUUGUAGAAGGCAUUACUCGAUUUAAAGUCAAUCACUUUUACCAGAACACGCCUUCAAUGAUACCUUACCCAAGCUGCUGGAUGGUAAAUGCUACCUAUGUUACUGAUGAUGUUAGAGUCAUGAAAGAGCUAUCCCUUGAAGAAAAGCAAACUGUUGCUAAAUUUAAAGAGCUCAGUCAAAUCUUUGUUUCUAAAAUGAGAGAGCUGCAAUUGCCAGAAACACUACUUGCCCAAUUGAGUAAGGUGGUAAAUACUACACCUGUCUCCUCGCUUGCUGAUUUAUUGGUGGCUCUUAUUGAAACUACGUUCGAAGAAAGACUCUUUAUGCUGGCUACGCCAUUGCUGAAGGAUAGACUGACAUUAGCUUCCGAAUGGAUGACGAGACAGCUGCAUGUCUUACAAAUUUCGGACACAUUGGGCUCUGGUAUUGAUGGGAAACUAAGCCAAAGACAGCGCGAAUUUUACUUACGCCAGCAGUUGGAAGCUAUUCAGAACGAACUAAAAAGUGACCAGAAAACUGAUAAUAAGGCAUUUAAAAUUCCAUUGGGUGAAGAUGAAUUAUCCGAUUUACAUUCCAAGUUGGCCCAAGCUAACUUACCAAAUGAUAUUGUGAUUCUUGCCCAACGUGAACUAAAACGAUUGAAACGCCUCCAAACAUCCUCUUCAGAAUGGGCUGUCUCAAGAAAUUACUUAGAAUGGUUGUCGGAUUUACCUUGGGGCUCAAAAUCUAGUCAACAAUUAGAUAUUCAGAAAUCAAAAUAUCAGCUGGAUUGUGAUCAUUUUGGCCUGAACCAUGUAAAAAAAAGAAUUAUAGAAUACCUAUCCGUGAUUAAAGUCAAAGGUGAUCUCAAGGCCCCCAUUUUGUGUUUCGUUGGACCACCUGGUGUGGGUAAAACGUCACUCGGGAAAUCCAUUGCACAAUCCAUGUCUAGAGAAUUCCAUCGUAUAUCACUUGGUGGCGUAAGAGACGAGGCAGAUAUAAGAGGUCACCGACGCACAUAUGUUGGUGCUAUGCCAGGUCUAGUUAUUCAGGGUUUGAAAAAGUGUAAAGUCAACAAUCCAUUAUUUCUUUUAGAUGAGAUUGAUAAACUUGUACACUCCUCUCAUCACGGAGACCCUGCUGCUGCACUCCUAGAAGUAUUAGAUCCUGAACAAAAUAACACCUUUUCAGAUCACUAUCUGAAUGUUCCAUUCGACUUAUCCAACAUUUUGUUUAUCGCCACUGCCAAUUCAUUAGAUACUAUUCCAGGUCCUCUUUUGGAUCGCAUGGAAGUAAUAGAGCUUCACGGCUACACCUUUGAAGAGAAGCUGCAUAUUGCAAAGACCCAUUUAGUUCCCAAACAAACACUUGCUCAUGGUUUGCACGAGGGGCAUAUUGAAUUACCAGACGACGUAAUUCUGUACAUUGCUGAAAACUAUACUCGUGAAAGUGGUGUUCGUACUUUGGAGCGUACUUUGGCCUCUAUAGUACGUUCAAAAUGUGUGGAACUAGCUGAACUUAGAGAAAACAACAAAGAAGACAAUUAUAACCCCUCUGUUUCUAUUUUUGACAUAAAAAGUAUUCUUGGGAAUAUCAAAUACGAAAAAGAGGUAUCCGAAAGAGAUUCAUACCCAGGCGUGGUUACAGGUUUAGCCUAUUCUGGUAGUGGUAAUGGUGGCAUCUUGUUUGUAGAAGCCUCAAAAAUGCCUGGUAACGGAAAUCUUCAUUUAACCGGGUCUCUUGGAAAUGUAAUUCAAGAGUCUGCCAAACUGGCGUUAUCAUGGGUGAAAUCGCAUGCAUUUACUUUGAAGCUUACUUCCAAUCCGAGAGAAAAGAUGGUUGAACACGAUGACAUUCACAUUCACUUCCCUGCUGGUUCUAUCAGUAAGGAUGGCCCAUCUGCAGGUGUUACUCUAGUGUGCGCGAUCGUGUCCCUUUACUCGGGCUAUCGUGUCCAACCAACUACAGCAAUGACUGGAGAGAUUUCGUUGCGUGGUCAAGUUUUGCCUGUUGGUGGAAUCAAAGAAAAGGUUAUAUCCGCUCAUCGUGCUGGUAUUCGUAAAAUUAUUAUGCCUUUGCGCAAUCAAAUGGAUGUAGAACAGGAUGUACCUGAAAAGAUAAAGGAUGAUAUCCACUUCGUGUUUGCAAAGAAUAUAUGGGAGGUAUUGGAGGCUGCUUUAGUGACAAAUGAAUCUGAAAAAUGGUCCACCCGGAUUUACGAGAGUCAGUUGUAGUCAAUUGUAUAUUCUGCUUAAACAAUAAAGAAUAUAAUUCUUGUGAAUAA